AUGGCAACUGUCGCAGCUCGGAAAUGCAGUGGCGUGGACUGCGCUAAGGACGCAGGCACUCUUCAAUGUCCGACCUGUCUAAAGAUGGGCACGGACAGUUUCUUCUGCUCGCAAGACUGUUUCAAGCGGAGUUGGAGCGAGCACAAGACCAUCCACAAAAAGAGUAAUAUCCUCACCAACCUCUUUCCUCCGAAAGUAGUUUCUGAACCUGAUCCAGCUACCGGUCACUUCAACCCAUUCCCUUCGUUCCAAUUCACCGGUGCCCUCCGACCCCUUUAUCCGCUGUCGCCCAUGCGGACUGUUCCUCAGUCGAUCCCACAUCCCGACUAUGCCAAGGGCGGUAUUCCCAUCUCCGAACAAAAGCUGUGGGGUGGGCACAAGAUCAAGAUCUUGAAUGAGGAGGAGCAGGAGGGUAUGCGUGUGGUCUGCCGGUUGGCUCGUGAGGUCUUGGAUAUUGCCGCCCGAGCAUUGAAGCCUGGCGUUACCACCGACUACAUUGAUGAGGUCGUUCACAAGGCUUGCGUGGAGCGCGAGUCGUAUCCCUCGCCGCUAAAUUAUAUGCACUUCCCCAAAUCCGUCUGCACAUCGGUCAACGAGACCAUCUGCCACGGUAUUCCUGAUCAACGGCCUCUGGAGGACGGAGACAUCGUCAAUAUCGAUGUCACUCUUUAUCACAAGGGCUUCCACGGUGAUAUCAAUGAAACCUACUAUGUUGGCGACAAAGCCCUUGCCAACCCCGAUGCCGUCCGGGUCGUCGAGACCUCGCGCGAGUGUCUUGACAAGUCGAUCGAGCUGGUCAAGCCCGGUAUGCUGUUCCGGGAUCCCGGAAAUGUGAUCGAGAAACACGCCAAGUCGCGCAACUGCAGCGUCGUCAAGACCUACUGCGGUCACGGCAUCAACCAGCUCUUCCACUGCGCCCCGAACGUGCCUCAUUACGGCAAGAACAAGGCCGUCGGCACAGCCAAACCCGGCAUGUGCUUCACCAUCGAACCCAUGAUCAACAUUGGUACCCACCGCGAUCGCACCUGGCCAGAUGACUGGACCAGCACGACUGCUGACGGUUCUCUGUCGGCCCAGUUCGAGCACACCAUGCUGGUGACGGAGGACGGUGUGGAAGUUCUGACGGCCCGCCUGCCGGACUCGCCAGGUGGACCUGUUCCUAUUCCUGUGGUGGCGAAUGGAAACUGA